AUGUCUUCUGUUUCAAGUCAGCAUAACCACUCGGAAACACGGACACCGAAUUCCUUAAGCGGACGAAAACUCGCUCUUAUCUCCCUUGUGACCGUCCUCGCAGCUGUGCUUAUUACCCUGCUCUGCGGAGACACCGCCAAUCUGUUCGGCCUCCGACGUCUCUUUGGAUCUUCUGCGCGCUCGUCCGCAAUACCUUUAUCAGCUUCAGCAUCUGUUGCGGCAGCUGCGACAGUGAAGGGACAAUCAGACGCAGACACUAGUGGCCAGAUACAAUCUACCAUGAAAACACCUAUUUACUUCUUUAGCCAUGGUGGUCCAAACAUCAUGUACGACCUAGACCACCCGGCUUACCGCAAGCUUGGUGAAAUCGGGCGCGAGAUAACGACUAAGGUCAAGCCGAAGGCAGUCGUGGUAUUCUCAGCCCACUGGCAGGCUGGUCGAAAUACGAUCCAGGUCAAUACCGCCGAGAAGACCGAUCUAAUCUACGACUUCGGUGGCUUCCCGAGCCAUUACUAUAAAGAGAAGUACCCACAUGUGGGUAGCACGGAAUUAGCGAACGAAGUGCUCAGGUUGCUGAAGGAAGCCAAGAUCUCGGCCGAGGGCGUCAAGCGCGGACUCGACCACGGCGUCUGGGUUAGCUUCAAGUGUGCCUUCGAACCAGACUCAAACCCACUAAACGUUCCCAUUGUGCAAGUCUCACUCUUCGGCACCGAAGACCCAGACCAGCAUUACCGGCUCGGGCAGGCAGUCGCGAGUCUUCGCGAGCAGAACAUUAUGAUCAUCGUUUCUGGGAUGGCUGUGCAUAACCUGCGCGAUCUGCGGUUUGCUUUUGGCAGUUCGACCCCGAUGCCGUAUGCGGUUAGCUUCGACAAGGCGCUCAAGGAUGCCGUGACGACAGCGCCGGCUGAACGACAGAAGGCCAUGGCUGAGCUGUUGAAGAGAUCAGAUGCACGCCCGGCUCACCCUUCCUUUGAGCACUUGCUCCCUAUUCAUAUUGGGGCAGGUGCUGCGGGCGAGGAUAUGGGGAAGAGAAUAUGGACCCUUCCUGAGGGGAGUAUGAGCUGGGCGCAGUAUCGGUUUGGCGAGGUUGGUAAUUCUAGUAGUGCGCUGUAA